AGGGAGGGAGCGAGGGAGCGCGCGGUCCUCCUCCUGCUUUUGCUCCUUCUUCUCCUUCUCCUCUUGGUCUCCUGGCGGGGAUGAUGGGCUGCAAGUCGCCCUCGCUGACCUGCCUGCAGGGCAAGCCCCCUCCCGCGGCGGCGCCGGGCUCCCCGCCGGCCACGGAGUCCACGGCCACGCUGCACAAGCUGGCCUUGGCCACCGGCGGCACCGAGAAGUCCUGGUACCGCUGCGUCUUCCCCUUCGGCAUCGUCUCGCUGGUCAUCGGCGUGGCCGCCACCUGCAUCACCUUCUCCAUCAACGGGCCGCGCAUGGACAUCGCCAAGGUGGUCUCGGUGGCCGCGCUGCUCUUCGGGCUGGCCCUCCUGGCCGCCGCCCUCCUCUGCUGGCGGGCCAAGCGGCGGAGGCAGAGGCAGAAGCAAGGCGAGGCGCCCCCGGGACAGCCCCAGCCCCCGCCCCAGCCAGGCGCCUUGUGA